ACAUUUACGUAGUGCGCCCCGUACCGUCGCGUAAGCGUGUUCGUGACGCGCUGCAGAAAAAUAAAACAUUCGAAAUCCGAAAUAUUAUAUUCGAAGUAGUUGUCAGCCAGUUCUUUUUUUAGGAAAACAAAAAGGUGCCUGUGCCUAUGUUAUUUUUUUUUUAUGUUUUUAAUUUGUGCGUUCCGUUACUGAAAAUUGUUUUGGAAAGUGUGGACACGCUAGGGGUCGUUUUCCCUGGGAGAGUAUUGCUAUAGCAACGAAUGACGUCAAGUUCAUGGGCGGUUGGUGCAUUUUCGUUCAAUAAUGUAUAGUUUCUGUUUUAUUUGACGAUAGUUUUUUAAAUUGUGAAAGAACAAAAGAUUGUGUAACGUGCCAGCUUUACUAACUGGCCCAAAUGCCAGGGUUUUAUGGCGAGCAGCACUUACAUGACGAAUCAUGAGUUUGAUGACGAUUAUCAAGUUUGGGUACACCCUGGUGGUCGUUACGCUUCUAUUGAUGAUAUGGGCAUCACUGUCGAGAGCGUUAGACUUACACGUGGACACAGGGCAUCCACCGUGCCUUUUUCAAGCAUUAUGUACGUGCUCCAAGCCGGCUGGAGAUUUGGGCAUUGUGACUUGCAAUCACGUGCCCAUAUACAAGGUUCCGGCUGCAGUCAACAGCUCUAAAGUGUUUAUGUUACAACUUACAGGAAACAAUAUAAGAGAUCUGGAACCUCAGUUCUUCCAAGCUACAGGAUUGUACAGACUAGCAAUAAACCAGAACCCUCUAGAGAUGAUCCACGAAGAAGCAUUCCACGGACUAGAAAACACAUUGUGGGAACUAGAACUGAAGGAAGAUAAACUAACGGCGGUGCCAAGCAGAUCUCUGAGAUUCCUGCAAAAGUUACGACAACUUGAUUUAUCAGGUAAUGAAAUAACGGAAAUAUCAGGAGAGAAUUGGAGAGGACUGCAGGAUACGUUGCAUACGUUGAUAUUAGCAGAUAAUUCAAUAGCAACGCUACCUUUGGAUGCUUUCUCUGGACUGCCUAUGCUGGAAACUUUGGACCUCCAUGGAAACCAUUUAGCAGUAAUUGACAGCGGAGUCUUUCGAGAUGGGAUGAGCAGGCUGAAUAAGUUGCUUCUGAGCGAUAACCAGCUAUCAUUCAUCCCAUACGAAGAGAUUGCUCCGCUGCGCCAACUAAGGUUCCUGGAUCUCGCCAACAAUAUCAUCAAGCAAGUGCCGCCAGCGCAUGAUUUGAACAGCGUCAGGCUAGCAUUAGAUACUUUGAAAUUGGACAACAAUAUCAUAAACACGCUAAUGCCAGGGUCUUUCAAAUACUUCAGCGUAUUGAACACUACAUCUCUCGACAGAAACCCCAUUUAUGUUAUAAGGGAAGAUGCAUUCCGUAACGCAAAAAUCAAGACACUCUCUCUCCGGGACUGUGCGAUCUGGGAUCUGUCGCCGGCAUCGUUUGCCGGACUCGAGAAUAGCUUGCAGAGUCUAGACCUUUCGGAGAACAACUUGACUAUGAUAUCAAAAUUUAUGUUGAACAAGCUAGAUUCUUUGAGGUUCCUCAACCUUAGAGAGAAUAAGGUAGAUAUCAAUUUACUGGCAAGCAAUAUUCCAUCAGAGUACGCCCAAUUAUCUUUCAACAAUUUUCAAUACAGAUUAUUUAAUUUGGACAUAAGUGGAUCGUCUUCUAUUGAGAUGAGUCUCCAGGAUAUAAGAAGAAUGAGAUCUCUUCGAUCAGUAUCAGUAGGUAAACUGAUAAGACGAACUAUAAGAGCUGAAGACUUCCAAGAGUUCGGAGUGGAGUUGGAAGAUCUGAAAAUCUUCGGCAGCAAUAUCAACAAAAUAGAAUCUAGUGCGUUCCAACACGUCAGGACUAUUAAAACAUUGGAUUUAUCCGAAAAUGACAUAGACUUUAUAGACCCAUUUGCAUUUGCUGAGUUGCACAGCUUAACGACCCUAAAAAUGGCAAACGGUCUAUCAGAGACAGUAAAGAUCUUACCAUUCGAGCCUCUAAAAGCAUUGAUUGAGCUACAAUACUUGGACUUCAGUAAUAACAAGUUAAAGAAUGUUCCAGAUACGUCGUUUCAUUUCUUGUACAAAUUAAAAUCACUGAAUCUACAAGACAAUGCUAUUGAUCAUUUCUCGAAAGGAACUUUACAGGGUGAUAUCCACGGAAAGUUAGAAAGCAUUUGCCUAUCAUUAAAUCAAUUGAAUCAAUUAGUUCAACAUACAUUCGUAGAUUUAAAAGAAUUGCAAGAAAUUCUAAUAGAAGACAAUUUGAUAGAAAUUAUUCAGAGGCGAGCGUUUACUGGUCUUGAUAAUUUGAAAGUAAUCCGAUUGAGAGGUAACAGAAUUUAUGAAAUUAGCGAGGAAGCAUUCCAGAAUAUUCCAGCUCUUAAAGAGCUGGAUGUGUCAUUUAACCGGCUCGAUACAUUCAAAUUUUCCAUCUUCGACCAAGUUGGUUCAGCCACAGCACUGAAAGUCAAUGCAUCGUACAACAGAAUCAUUGCACUCACAGACUCUAAUGCACCCAGCUUCUUCACCAACAACUUUUUUAUACCCAAGGCUCAGAGCUUGGUAUCUGAUGCGCCCAUAGCUCUUGAACAAGCUCUUGGGACAGUAUCAGUGAAUAUAAGAGUUCUGGAUUUCUCACACAAUAAUAUAACCUAUAUUGCGCCAUAUUACUUCAGACAUGCAGAUUUAACUCUAUCGGAACUUUAUUUAUCUCACAAUUUACUAAGGAACAUAACCAGGGAAGUGUUCGGUUCGAUGGUGAUGCUUCAGUAUCUCGAUCUAUCACAUAAUUAUAUAUAUCAUAUGGAGUUCGAUUGCUUCGCCAGAGUUAAAGCUUUACAGAUUCUAGACAUCUCCCAUAAUUACAUAUCGGAGAUGCCGGUAGAAAUAUUCCACGAUAUGCAGUCCUUGACAUCACUCGAUCUAUCAAACAACCGACUAAGAAAUCUUGUUGACAAUUUAGUUAUAUCGUCACUUCUUGAAAGAUUGGAUCUAUCUGAUAAUUAUUUAUCAAGAGUUCCAACGAAUGCACUGUCACCUGCAGCAGCUGCUAAUCUAGUCGAAUUUGAUCUGAGUGGAAAUACUAUACCAGCUAUUGGAUUGUCAGACUUAGUACAAAGAUACAGGAGCCCUGACCAGGGCGAAUACUGGCCCGAGGAACCAGACUACAGCGACGAGUACAUGUAUCACACCGCUAGGAGAGAUCACACCAGAGUGUUCCACCAAAAAAAGCAAUACCCGCAGAAUAUACUCUACAAGUCAUUAGCGUGGUUAGAUUUAUCUAACAACCACUUGGUUCGCAUCGAGACUGGUUCAUUUGCGGCGUUACCAAAACUUCGAUGGCUGGAUUUGAGUAAUAAUACACCAUUCAACGGCGGAGAACGUGGUAGCAGUGUCUUUAAGGGAUUAGAAAGAAGACUCUUGCAUUUAGGACUUAAGAACGUUAGCUUAAUGUCUGUGCCUUCGUUGCCUUUAACAAAGUUGAAGAGUCUCGAUCUAUCGUAUAACAAUCUGCCAUCAAUCCCACCGGAUUCUACAGCUAAUCUCACUCGUCUAAGAGUCUUGGAUCUUUCAUACAAUGACCUCACUACUGUUCCAGUUGCAACACAUUCUCUUACGGAUUUACGAUGGCUAUCAUUAUCUGGGAAUCCUAUAACAGCACUGAUGAAUACCAGCUUAUAUGGAAUAUCAACAAGACUCGAAUACCUCGACGUUACGAAACUUCGUGUGAAAAUUCUUGAGCAUGGUGUCUUCAGUAAAAUGUUGGGGUUAAGAACCCUAAAAAUCACUGCAUUCUCCACAGUUAGAGAAUUCAAUGUACCAAGAAUGCUGAGUUACAAUGCAGCUUUAGAAAAUUUAUUAAUAGAUAUUGACUACGGAGGCGUGGAGUUUGGAAGGGAGUUGCAAGCCCAGUUGCCCUGCAAGCUAAAUAAUAUUACUAUAACUGGUCGUACACUUAAAUAUCUUUCUCCAUAUUUGUUACUUGGUGUUCAUGCAAAGCAUCUUAGGUUAACCGUUUACAACACCAGUAUAGAAGAUAUAACCAGUGAAGUGUUCUUUAGUCCGGGUCGUGUAAGAAGACUGACUUUAGACGUCAGAUCGAAUUAUUUGACGAAAAUCGCUAAUCCGAGCCAGAGGGCGUGGCCUGGAGCGAAUGGUUUAUUCUUAGAAGAUAUUCUUGUUGCUGGAAAUCCCUUGGUUUGCGACUGUGGAAUAGGAUGGAUUGAACCUUGGGACCGAAAGAGAAGACAAUAUAUAUGCAGUAGUCCAUUCAACUGCGUCGCAACGCGAGACGAUGUCAGAUUUGCAACAUGUCCUUAUUAUGAUAACAGAACUCUAAAUGAAAUUCUGAUACGCGAUCUAGAUUGCAGUUGGAAUCGAGGAUUCUUAAGUUCACCAAAUAUAUUAAUAAUUUUAGGAAUGACCGUUUUAACGUGCCUAUAUAUUUGAGGUUUAUUUUGGCUACUUGGGGUAUAUGAAGAAUUCCAUCUAAUUUUGGCAAGAAUAUACAAUUUUUAGAGUCUUUAUCAGAUCGAUUAAGACUAAAUUCUUUCCAUAAAGGAUUGCGAAAGAAAGACUUAUUGAAAUAAAAAUUAGGAAUGCUGUUCUAUUAGAUGGCAAAUGUAUAAAUAUUUGUACAUAUACGAGAAGUUACAAGUAAAAUAAAGUCUUAUAUGACCAACUGACGAAGAAAAAUCGAGUGAGACACUAAAUUAUUUAUCCAAGAGUAUGGUACCUGCGUAUGUGGCUUAAAACUGCAUAGUAGAUAGUCUUGGGGCAUUCCUAAACAGCCAAAUCCUAAUUAAGUGGUAGAAUUUUGGACAAUGAUCCCCAAGGCCAGGUGUGUGUUUAAAUGGAGCUUUCAUUAUGAACUAUUAAAAGUGACUUUUAUAUUAAGAGAUUGCAUACAAGUUUAGUGAAGCCUAUUAAAAUGUGAUUUAUCGUUUUAACUGAAAAGCAGAAUGGUGAUCUCAAGGGAUUGAAUCAGGAGUUGUUAACGUUUAUAUUAUUCUUUAUCUUCCUAUGCACAUUGUGUUCCCACAAAUAUCAAUUUGCAUAUUUUAGAUUAAUAAUUGAUUUCCGCGUUUCACGCAUUUCGUGCACUGCCUUACAAAACGUUUUUUGUUAAUAUUGAAUACAAUUAAUGUUAUGUCCAGCUGUUUAUGAUGUGUUCUGAAAUCGAAAAUUAGUCGAGGGUUAAUAGUAAUAACUAUGUGUGGAAGUGCACUUAAUGUGUUUUAGAAAUUGCAUUUACGUCGAUUUAUAAGAUAAGUUCACACGAAAGCAAUGACUUAAUUACGAUCGUCUAAGUAGACUGCAUUCGCUCGAAUGAUAUGUGUUCGUCCAUUAUUAAUAUUAAUGAUAUUAUUUAUAGAUGUAUUCAUUUGUGUAAUAGAAGACUUUAGCUGUAGAUUAAUAAGAUCGUCUCUAACAUUUUCUGUGUAAUGAUCAUCAUUAGUUUUUUCAUCGUCCAUAUUCUUUUAAACAGAUUGAAUCAUUAUAAACGUAUAUAUUACAGCGACAUCAUUAUAUCUACGUAAAUUACUCAAUAGUUUGAAUUUAUAUACUCCUUUGUACAAUACAGAUUUUCUGAUACGAUUCAUUGUUCAUAUUUAUCAUAUUCAGAGUAACUAUCUUUAAUAAAAACGCUUAAUCCUAUACUAUAUUAGACUCUAAUAUUUUCAUUGUUUAGCUGUUUACAAAUUCUAUCUGGUUACCUUGUUGGAUAAACAUAUUUUAUUACAUAUGUCUAUAAAUGUGUCAGUAGCUAUUACUAUGUCUACGGAGCAUGCUGUAAAAUAUACAUAUGUCGACGUACGUAUAUUUAAUAGGAUUUUAUCGACUGAAUUUAAGUGUUUCAAGCUAUAUCGCUGGUAAUAUUGUUAAGAAUAAUGUUCGUAUCGUAUGAUGUCCAAUGUGGCUUAUUUUAUUAUGUACUUUUUUUACAUAUUUUGCUUGAUAUAUGUUUUAUUUAUGUAUUUUUUUAUUUUGUUUAGCGUGUUAAUUUUUAGUACUGUAGACUCUUUGAUUAUGCAGUUUAUUAACAUAUGUUAGUAUUAAACUCGAUACAUUUGCAAUGAUUGAAUUAAAUAAAUACCUCUUCUUCAGUGGUCCAGAUUGAUGUGGUUUCAGGCCUAAUUGUUAAUUUUUGUUUUCAAUGCCAUUUAAAAAGCUAUUAUUUGUUAUUUACUUUUAUAUAUUUAUUUCGUUAGAUAUAUCAAAAAAGUUUGCAUUUUAUAAUUCUAAUUUGAUUUACCUAUAUUAUUAUUAUUGAUUUUAAAUAGUGAUUUUAUUUCAAUUACUCGUACUUAUUGUUUAUUCGAUUUUCAACUAUUAUGCUUAUCUUUACUGGGUUUUAACUUUUACGUGCUAUCUUUAAGAAUGGUGUUGAAAACAAAUUUAUAUUGUUGCAACAAUGAAUAUAUUUUGUGAUAUAUAUUACUCUAAACCUUCUAUUUUUAUAUAAAGCCUACAAAUAAAUAUAGCAGAUCAGAACGGGAAUUGUGUAAGUAGCGAAAGCAAGUAUCACUAACAAUUAUUGCUUCUUUACAUUGUUAAAUAAAUAUUAGAAAUUGUCGUGAAGUAAAAUGAAAAUUGUUUAGAUGUGGUAUUUUCAUGUUAUCGACGACUAUUUCCAAAUUAUAAAUAUUAUAAUAAAUAAUGGUAUUAAAUAUGAAUCGUUACUUUAGCAACUUGAUAGAUCAAAUAGAGUAAAUUUAAAAUCAACUGCAGAUGAUUCAAAUCAUCGGUAUCCGCAUACCGUAAAUACACUCAAAAUUGAUAAAAGUUAUCAAACUUUAUAACAAAACAAUUCAAAAAUAUGCAUUAUUGUGAAAAAAAAAUAUAAACUAAAAAUAAGUGACAAUCAGUGCUUCUUAAAUUGGAUUUAGGUUAAGUACUCGUAUCUUCUGCUUUAUCUGGUUUUACCAUAAUACACCAAUUUCUACGUAGUAUCUACGUAGUAGUAUUUUUUUCUCCAAGUAUAUAAUACAAGUAAGCUAAACUUUUUUACCUAAGUUCUAUUGUUAAUCUGGUUUGCCAGAAAAAAUAUGAAAAUCCAUUUAAUUUUUAUGUGUAUGUACCACGUCAAAUCAGAAGUAAAAAUCUUCGAUCAUGAAUACCAAUUUGAUAAUACAUCAUACAAUUACUAACUAAAACAGAAUGCAAAGAUAGUCUUCUCAGACCAUAGUAUUGAAAAAAAUAACCUAAUAUUGUAACACGCAGUUUUAUUUACAAUAACGAUGCUUUAUUAAGUAAGCAGUUUGUUUAAGUCGUGAAAUAGAACAAAGUAAUUCAAACUAAGACCCCACUUUGCAGAUGAGACGAUAUUCCCUCUGUGACGCUUUGAUCGGACUUCGCAUAGUAUUUAUGAUCGAAGUUGUUAAAAAUAUCGCUUUUAUAUCACAAUGUCAAUUGUCAAAAUAAAAUGUUGACUCAAAAGAAACAAUGGAAAUAAAAAUUAGAAAUAGUUACCUGUGUAAUAAUUUUCUCUAGAAUUUUAUUAUAAAUUAGACCUGAUUAGAGCUUACUAUUUUCCAUAGUCACUAAUUGUACUUGUAUAUUUUUAUUAAGGAACAAAUCAAGAGAAGAAUUUGAAAUGCAGUAGCAAUCUUAACAUUCCUGCGUCGCUUAUUCAUUAUAAUAUUCUUGGCCUAUAUUUUAUCGAUUCUCUGCAAGGUCCCAAUGUGAUAGACAUAGCUAGUGCCAAUAAAUUUAUAAUAGAAUAGUACACAAACAAUAUGAAUGAUUCUUAGGUAAGAAUAAAUAUCUAAUUAUAUCCAGAAGCGUUAAGGACGUUUGAAGGGUUGGCUUAACGAUAAAUAAUGGACAGGGUGUGUUUAAUGAAUUAUGGUUAUGGAAUAUGUCCUCUAUUAUCCAUAUAUUAUUAUUGAAGUAACAAAGAAACAUUUAUUAAUUCAACUAUGUUUUAUUUUUAAAAUUAACUUUUUAAAAGACGUGAAUAUAUGUAUUAUGGUAAUAAAAUCCCUAAACAACAUUCGCAUUAAUUUAUUUUCAUUUAUUGCAUACCUAGAGAUCAUUUUAUUUUAUUUUUAAGACAAUUUUUUUAUUUUGUAAAUUUUCUAAACAUAUUUCUUACUUAUUUAAAAUCAUUGUCAAUGACGUGAAAGUUAUAUACGAUAUUUUUCACUUGCCAGUAUAUAAUUAGAUAUUUGAUUCUUAUUAAUUUAAUCUUUUAAUAUUAUUACACUGUACAUAUAUACUGUAUAGAUUUUAAAUAUCAAUUCAAUUGAAAAACUAAAUAAUAAUUAUGUUAUGACUAUGCAGACUUCUUAACUUUAUUUAUGAGAGGUUGGACAAUGGAAUGUUUUGUCUUCACUACUUAAUAUAUAAUUAAAAUAGUGUGAAAAAAAAAUUAAUAGGUAAUCAUUGAAUUAUUAGAUUAUCAAUAAAUUAUUGCAAAUA